AUGCAGUGCGUCUGCCAUCAUUUCAGAAGAUUGUGUGAGAAAUUUCAGAGUAGUCCAUCACCAGAACACUCAAUACCUCGGAUCUCCCAUCAUGGCCACGAGCUCUGCAUACAACGCAUCCUAGCAUUCAAGGAGCAAGCUAAAACCCUCUUGACUUCUACAACAUUAUGCUCUCUCGGAAUUUCUGCGGUAGCAAUCCUAAUAUCUAACACUGAUGUCCCAGCCCUUGCCAUUUUUAUCUUGAACUUGAUCGCUAUUGUCCCGUUGUCUGUUACUCUCACCCAUGCAACGGAGAGCAUUUCACAAGAUUUUGGAGAGAUAAUGGGCGCUCUUCUCAACAUUACUACCGGCAAUCUGGCUGAGCUUGCAAUUUUUACGACAUUGAAGAAAGGAACGAUCAAGGUCGUCCAGUCGUCUCUUCUCGGUUCCAUUCUUGUCAACUUGUUGCUUGUCCUGGGAUCUUCCAUCAUAGCUGGUGGCCUUAAAUCUCCGAAUCAAACGUACAACAGUGAUCUGACGCACGCAUUUGUCGGAUUACUCAACCUCACAGUCUCUUGCCUGAUGAUUCCAAAUGCUUUCUAUGGAAGCUUGAAGGACGUGCAAUCAGCGGAUGUCAUGGCCCUCAACUUCAGUAGAGCAGUGUCUGUCAUUCUACUCGGUGUCUAUUUCCUAUAUAUUUUCUUUCAGCUACGAUCCCACGCGUCGCUUUUUCGACCCGCUACUUCCAACCAUCGUUUCCAAAGCAUCGUCAACGACCGAGACAUCAACCAGCAGUCCACCGCUCCUCGUGUUUCAAUAGCCGCAAGCUUACCGCGGCCAGAAAUGCAGGAGAUUCCGUAUCCUGCCAGCCCAUCACCGGUGCCUCUCGAGUCACAAGUUGAGUCAGGGCUACUCUUAGAUCGAUUCGAACCGACAGAAACAAGCACUUCACCUUCGUUCAACGAAAGUCCAGAUCCAAGCGAUGGAUAUGGGACACCGAAACACGUGCCAUGCAACUGCUACCGUCAUGUUGUCAUAGCAAACCGCACAAUGUCUAUUGGAUUCCUGAUUCUGUCAACGGGUUUGAUAGCCAUCUGCGCCGAAUACUUUGCUGCAAGCUUCGCCAUACUCAAUGAGCAAGGAGUGCUCGGCGAGUCCUUUGUGGGAUUGAUUGUUAUUCCAAUUGCAGGAAAUGUCGCUGAAAAUGUCACGGCCGUCAUUGUCGCUUCCAAAGACCAAAUGGAUCUUGCAAUCAGUGUCGCCCUUGGAUCAGCAAUUCAAAUCGGACUUUUGGUGGCGCCCGUGAUAGUUCUUAUCGGGUGGGUUCUCGACAAGCCUAUGACACUACACUUUGACCGUUUCGAGAUAGUGACACUCAUUGGAGCUUCACUUUUGGUCAGCUUUAUCUUUCUCAAGGGAAAGACUAAUUACCUAGAGGGAGCAAUACUCUGCGCUUGUUUUGCUGCUAUCUCGUGA